UGGGAGUGAUGGGAUGUAUACACACGAGCCAGUGUUACACAAGACGAUCGAUCUGCGCAAUUUUCCUUCCAAUCCUUGCCGUCCCUAGACUCUGUCCCUGAAUUUGCCACCGGAGGCGUGAACGCGCGACAGACUAUCGGCGCGAAAGAGCCAGGGGUACAUCUGCCUUUCCACAUUUAGUGCUUCUUGUCAUCUCACCCCUCCGUCGAGGUUACAGUCUUUCAUUCAAUCUGUUCAUCAGUCCUGUGUUCGCUGCGCGUUCCUCGAUCUCAGUCGCAAAUUCGCUUGCUUUUCCUUUCCCUUAAUCGAUCAUAAUGGCACCUCGGCGAUCAACCCGCAAAUCGACCGGUAUCGCGAAUGACGUCGCCACCGCGCCUUCACCAGCGUCUGCAACUGCCCUAGUAGAUUCCCCCAUGGAUGAUAGUCGCCACAAACAGAAGCGCACUCGCGCCUCUAGAUCCUUCGUACCAAACUCUUCCGACCACGAAACGGACACAAUCGAAGUCGAAGCGCCCCAAAAAUCCGCCAACAGUCGCCGCGUCCUCAAAGAAGUAUUGAUUCCCACCAAGUCCAAGAAAGCGCCCGCCACUCGCGGAAGGCUAGCAGGACUCAACGCAGAACAAGCAGAGCAAGAGAGCUCAACUGGCUCGCCUUCUUUGGAGAACUCAGAUUAUGAGACACCGGGAACCAGCAUCUCGACCACACCAGCUGCCUCAGUCAAUCGUGGCAAGAUGCCCGCCCGUAGCCGGCUGAACAAGGCUACAACGCCUUCGCAAAGCGCCUCAUCUAAGCGAUCUCGCAGCGCCGUACUAGACUCUGAUUCCGAAGACAUGACACUCGACAUGGAUGCUGAGAUUGCUCUACAAAUGCAGUUAGAGGACGAAGAGGAUGCGCCACACAGCAAGCGUCAGAAGAUUGAGACGGAUGAAGACGAAGACAUGCUAUCUGAAGAUGAGCCAGUCGCACCUUCGCGUCGCAAGAAAGCGCCUGCAUAUGUCGGCAAGGGAAAGGGCAAAGCCAAGGUCGAAGAGAUCUUAAGCGACGACGACCGGGAUUCAUUGGUAGAUGAGCUGUCCUCACCCCCAUCUUACAAAGGCAAGGGUAAGGGCAAGGCUCAAGCAUCUUCAACAAAGCGUGGUCGCUCUGCGCGUUCUAGUGCGAAGAAGAAGGGUACCUUCACAGAGGAGGACUUCCUUGAUGACGAUGAGUCCGAUGGCGGAGAGUUCCGUCCUGACGACGCAGAUGACGCCGAUUCUCUGCUCAAUGAUAUCGAAACACCCAUGGCUAGCGAUAGCGACGAGGAGCCUCUGAUGACAACAAGUGCGCGUGUGAAGAAGAUUGUCGCGGCAAAUCCUAAAGCAGCUGGAGGCCGCAAGAAGAAGCUCACUCGAGGUGAGAAGGAGGAUGCAGCUGGUCGUCGGGCAAGGUUCGCACACAUCGCGGACAAGUGGGAGCGAAAGCGCGCCAUGAAUCGUGAGCGAGCAGAGCAACAGCACCCAAAGCUGCGCACUAUGUGGGAUGAUCUGAAGAAGAUUCCGAUCCUCGAGACUCUGAAGGCAGAGCAGCCUGCAUCAAUCACCCGGCGAUUAAAACCAUUUCAACUGGAGGGCCUCAGCUGGAUGGUUCGGCAAGAGAAGACUCACUACAAGGGUGGGCUACUCGGAGAUGAGAUGGGUAUGGGCAAGACUAUUCAGGCUGUCUCUCUGAUCAUGUCUGACUACCCUGCGAAGCAGCCGACGCUGGUUUGUGUUCCGCCAGUCGCUCUCAUGCAAUGGUCCAAUGAGAUCCGCGAAUACACAGACAACAAACUCAAAGUCUUGGUGUAUCACGGCACGAAUGCUAAAUGCAAGAAGAUGUCUAUUAAGGAACUGAAGUCCUACGACGUAAUCAUGGUCUCGUACAACUCUCUGGAAUCACUUCACCGCAAAGAAACCAAAGGAUGGUCUCGCGGUGAGGACAUCAUCAAGGAAGCAUCAGCACUUCAUGCUAUCCAUUACCACCGCCUGAUUCUGGACGAAGCGCACAGCAUCAAGUCCCGCAACACCGGUGUAGCCAAGGCUUGUUUUGCACUUACUAGUAACUACAAGUGGUGCUUGUCUGGUACGCCAGUCCAGAACCGCAUCGGAGAGUUCUUCUCCCUUCUUCGCUUUCUGGAGGUUCGCCCUUUUGCAGACUACUUCUGCCGUUCGUGUGAUUGCGAGAAGCUACACUGGGCUACCGACGAUGACCACAUGUGUGUUGCUUGCAACCAUGGUGCAUCUGAGCACAUUUCUGUGUUCAACCAGGAGCUUCUGAACCCGAUCACUGGUGAUGACGUCCAGCUUCGCGAAGAAGCUUUGACGAAGCUUCAUUUGAUCACUGCUCGCAUCAUGUUACGGCGUAUGAAGCGCGAUCACACCAACUCGAUGGAGCUUCCAAUGAAGGAUAUCAUCAUUCACAACGAGUUCUUCAGUGAGGUAGAGCGCGACUUCUCAACGUCGAUCAUGUCGAACUCCUCGCGCAAGUUCGACACGUAUGUUGCGCAAGGUGUCAUGCUAAACAACUACGCCAACAUCUUUGGUCUUAUCAUGCAAAUGCGACAGGUCGCUAAUCACCCUGAUCUGUUGCUGAAGAAGAAGGCGGUUGAAGGUGCUGGCAACGUCUACGUAUGUAACAUCUGCGAUGAGCCUGCCGAGGAUGCGGUACGCUCUCACUGCCGUCACGAGUUCUGUCGCGCUUGCAUCAAGGACUUCAUGGAUACCUGCGAAACAUCCGGUAUGGAAGCAGACUGUCCUCGCUGUCACAUCGCUCUUGCCAUCGACUUUGAGCAGCCUGAGCUUGAGCAAGAUGAGGACUCUGUCAAGAAGACCUCUAUCAUCAACCGUAUCAAGAUGGAGAACUGGACGUCUUCCACCAAGAUCGAGAUGUUAGUAUACGACCUCUAUAAGCUUCGCAGCAAGAAGCAGACACUCAAGUCCAUCGUCUUCAGCCAGUUCACGUCCAUGUUGCAACUCAUUGAAUGGCGUCUACGUCGCGCCGGUUUCAACACGGUCAUGUUAGAUGGUAGCAUGACACCCGCCCAACGCCAGAAGAGCAUCGAACACUUUAUGACAAACCCGGAUGUUGAGGUCUUCCUCGUCUCUCUCAAGGCUGGCGGUGUCGCUCUCAACCUUACCGAAGCUUCCAGGGUAUUCAUCGUUGACCCAUGGUGGAAUCCAGCAGCCGAGUGGCAGUCUGCCGAUCGAUGCCAUCGUAUCGGCCAACGUCGCCCUUGUGUGAUUACUCGCCUUUGUAUCGAGGAUAGUGUAGAGUCGCGUAUGGUCGCGCUGCAAGAGAAGAAGGCAGCUAUGAUUGCUGGCACUGUGAACAACGACAAGGUUGCCAUGGAUCGCCUCAGUCCUGAAGACUUGCAGUUCUUGUUCCGUGGUACCUAGUCGUGCACGGGUUUUGUGUCUUCAUAGGAGUUCGGGGUGUUACGGGGUGUAUGGGUAGAGAGUUCAGGGCUGUCACACUACAGUCAUGAGGCGUUUGUCGGUCAGCGGCGCGUAAGUUUGUAUUUCUGCUUGAGGUUCCGGGACUACUAGCGUUGCACAUACGGAGUACAGUCCAAGCGGGAUCCGACGCAUGGCGCAGUCGUAAUUUUCGACACCUUCUCGAUAGAUUUAUACCCGUUUACAUCAUAGCAUAAUACAGUGUCGGACAUCCGCGUCUCGCCGUGU